AGUCAUAUACAAACAGUGUGUGAAAGAGGAGUCCUUAACAAAUACCCUGUACAGCUGUACACAUAGACUUCAUACUUCAGCAGCGUGUAAUAUAGUAUAGAGGGCAUGUUUUUAGUAAGAGAUUAUAGCGAUUCAGAUAAGCGUACUGGAGCAACAAAGUGACGAAUCUGACAGAGGAACUUCACGAACAAGUUAAACUACAAGAGAAAAGUGGAAAAGGACACAAGCAACGGAAUAUAAAAAUAAAUAAAUAAUUGAAGACUUUAAAUUUGGAUUAAAAAUGCGUAAACAAGUGAAAACAUGCAUGCAGGGAUGAUAUCAACAACCAAAAAAAAAACAGUUAGAAGAUUGGCAGGAUUGCAAGCAAAGCGAAAUGUUGCCCGGUCAAAUUGAUAAAUUCACCUGGAAGAAAUACUUGAAUUGUCCUGCAUCUUUUUAGAGAUUAAUCACUUAAUGGCUCCACUGUGGUGUGACGGCUCCUCGUCCCCGGCGGAUCCGGAGAGCGGAGUCUCUACCGCGGGAGGAGGCAGCGGUGGACCCGCUACUCCCCCGCAGGGUCCCAAAGCCGGUAGGCUCAAGAGGAUGGUGCGGCUGGUUGCAGAGAUGGUCUUACUUUUGGGGCUUCUCCUCCUAAUUUUACACAUUACUGUGCUGCGGAGCAGCCCUUUGCAUCAAGGAAAUGUGACUUACAGCAGCGAGCAAGACACCGUGUUUACGAAGAACAAUCUAAAUGACGAGCGUGCAGCAUUGUCUUCGAAGUCUACCCUUGGUUCUCCUGGGGAACGGCGGACUUUUCACAAGCACCAGGCUGCACACAGACCAUUUCCGAAGCACAGCUCACAGCCGGACAAUGGGGGCACUUCUGUACAGAGAGACGGACCUGGAUCCUUCGUACUAGACCUCCACAACUUCCCUGACCUGUCCAAAACAGACAUAAAUGGACAGAACCCAAAUAUUCAAGUGACAAUCGAGGUGGUGGAUGGACUGGAUGCAGAGCCCGAGAAGGCACUGCAGAAGGAGAACAAGCCCAGCUGGCCCUCGCCAGACUGGAGGAACUGGUGGCAGAGAUCGGCCACCUCCGCCCGCCACACUGACAGUCAGCAGGACUACAACUAUGACGCCAACACGGAAGAGAGCAACUUCCUGAAACCAGUGGGGGGCUGGGACCGGCGUGGUGAACACAACCAAAGAAGCUUUGAGGCCAAGGGGCAGUCCGAGCAUGAUUACAUUGAUGGGGAAGGGGACUGGAGCCCCUGGUCCCUCUGCAGUGUCACCUGUGGAAAUGGUAACCAGAAGCGCACAAGGUCCUGCGGUUACGCUUGCACAGCUACCGAGUCUCGCACAUGUGAUAUGCCCAGUUGUCCUGGAAUUGAAGAUACUUUCAGGACUGCAGCUACCGAAGUAAGUCUACUAGCAGGAACUGACGACUUCAAUGCUACUGAGCUGUUUGGAGUUGACACUGACAGCUGUGAGAGAUGGAUGAACUGUAAAAGCAAAUUCCUGAAGAAGUAUAUGCUCAAAGUGUCAAGUGACCUUCCCAGCUGCCCUUGCACCUACCCCACUGAGGUGGCCUACAGCACCGCCGACAUCUACGACCAUGGCAUAAGCAAACAUUUCCGCUGGAAGGACGCCAGUGGCCCCAAGGAGAAGCUGGAGAUCUACAAGCCCACGGCGCGCUACUGCAUCCGGUCCAUGCUGACCUUGGAGAGCACAACCCUGGCUGCCCAGCACUGUUGCUAUGACGACAGCAUGAAGCUCAUCACCAGAGGCAAAGGGGCUGGUGCUCCCAACCUCAUCAGCACUGAGUUUUCAGCUGACCUGCAUUACAAAGUAGACAUCUUGCCAUGGAUUAUCUGUAAAGGCGACUGGAGCCGAUAUAACGAGAGGGUUAAGUGUGAAGGAUGCCAUUGUCAAGUCCAAGACCAUGGGGGCCAUUACUGCGCUGGUCAUUACAGCAACUGCCCAAACAGCGCUACGACAUCACUGCGAUGGACAUUACAGCGCCGACCAUUACAGUGACUGCCCAUAACAGCGCUACGACAUCACCAUGCCGAACUACACUUCAAAUCCCAGAAGACUCUGGGAAGUUCACAAAUGCAUCACUUACCAGGAACUCCUCCCGCCCCCCUCAGUAAUCAGGUUUUGAUAUGACCUAGCAGUGUGAGUAAGACUUGUAUUGCACAAUUGCUAAGCAGUUGCAUUCCAGGUUUUACUACCAGCCCCCCAUCCCAUUUCUCAAGGAAGAAAUAAACUGUGCUGUUACCAUUAUUUUGUCCACAAAAUGCCUUUGGUGUGUUUUGUCCGGCGCCGCCACAUUCUGUAAUGCCUGGGUUUUACACUCCAUUGAAUUACAUGGAACCGCAGGACCAGGAUGCGAACCUGCAACCAUGCAGUUAAAAGAAGAAUGCCUUACCUGUCAACUAAAGAGCAAGCACUGUAGUAGAGAGGAAGUAACGUAUCUUAUGCUGAUGUUAGCGUUACGGGAGCCACUAGGAGGGGAAUCAUCACAGUUCGUUUGCCCGUUUGACAGGGCACCUAAAUAUUUAAUCCUGUAAGCUGCUGGAGAACAGAUUUAUACCGUGCAUGUGUGUGUGUGUGCGUAUACAGUGGUCAUUCAAAGUUUACAAACCCUAAUUGAUGGAAGUGUAACACCCUAAAAUUAAUGUUGAAUACAUGUAUAUAGUACAUUCCUAUAAACACAAGUAUUUUUUUACAGUAAAUAUAUGUAGAUGGUACAUUCCUAAAAUCCCCCUAUUCAUCUUUUUUUCUAAUAUAACAAAUAACUGUCAGUUCAGUUUGUUUGUUAUGUAAUGCUUUGUUUGUGUUGUGCUCUUGGAGCCCUGAAUAAAUAUCUCUUCAAAGAAACCAGAAAUCACCAUUUAAUGUGAAGCAUACAUUGGGAUACUUUUGACAACAACUGUGGAUAUCGGCUAAUUGCAAUACACACUGAGCUCUUGAGAGUGGAAGACUCUGUAGUCAGAUAAUUCCCUUUUAUGUACUUGCUGGGCACUUAGUUUUUAUUAUUAUUAUUUAAUUGUGCAUUCACAUCUUUAUUCCCUUUUUUGUACUUGCUGGGCACUUAGUUUUUAUUAUUAUUAUUUAAUUGUGCAUUCACAUCUUUAUUUUAAUUUCAAACAACAAAAGCAAACUGACCAGGGAUACAACAAGGCAGAGAAGCAAAGACAACAAUAUAAAGUUAAACUCUUUAUUUUAAAAAACAAAUCUGUACAAAAUACACAUUAAAAAAAAAAAUCCAAACACGUCAUGUCCUUGUAUCAGUCCCCAAUCCCAGAUGUCCUGUGGAGGAGUAAUCACACACACUGAAAAAAAAUAUAAACGCAACAUGUAAAAUGUUGGUUCCAUGUUUCAUGAGCUG